AUGGCCGAAGAAGCAAUAAUCCGCCAUGCACGUCGUGAAGACAUCCCCGGAAUCCUAACCCUCAUCCACGAACUCGCAGCCUACGAACACGAAUCCGCCUCUGUACUCGCCACUCCCUCCUCCCUCUCCAAAACUAUUGCUUUUGCUCCCUCCCCACUCGUAUCCCCUGCAAACACCACCCCUUCGACCGGAGAUGCUAUAUCUCCUACUCGACCCGCGCGUUGUCUACUUGUAUUUCCUCCCUCAUCCCCUUCUUCUGCUUCCCAACCCCCCGAACCAAUAGGAAUGGCGCUAUAUUUCUACAAUUACUCAACCUGGCGCGCUUCAGCGGGUAUCUAUCUCGAGGAUUUGUAUGUACGGGAAAGCGAGCGGGGGAAGGGUUAUGGAUCGAGAUUGUUAAGUAUUUUAGCGAAGGAGGUUGUGGAUAUGGAGGGAGGGAGAUUGGAAUGGAGUGUGUUGAAGUGGAAUGAACCUAGUAUUGAAUUUUAUGAGGGGAAGAGUGUGGGUGCCAAGGCGAUGGAUGGGUGGCAGACAAUGAGGGUUGAUGGGGAGGCAUUGAUGAAGUUGGCGGAAAAAGCUCAGUAG